ACGAAAGGAUGCAGCAGUAUGAAUAUUCGCCCGCACCAGCGCAUCGAAGGAACGGAACGAGAAGCAAACGGAAUGAAAAACGAAGGUCCCUUUUUUUUUUUGGACGAACAAGAUAUGCAAGCAUUAGGGUCCUUCUUGGUGGUAAGGGUAAAAGAGCAAGCAGCAAAUAGAAAUAACAAGGAGAACCAGCGAGCAAACAUGUAGCGAAAUCAAAGCAGUGUAUCUCUGCGUCAUGGUGGGAUGGCAGUUGCAACAGAACCGGUGCAGUUGAAGGUUCUGUGUAGCGCGGUUUCGACUUUUUUUUCGAGAAACAUUUCCUCUAAUGCCAUUAUUAAUAAUUAACGAUAAAUAGUAGCUUAAGCUAAACGUUAGUGCAGCCGGCCAAUUAUAAUAGCUGUCCCCAGUGUAUGGGUGUUUACCAUUUGAGUCCUGCGAGCAACCGGAGAGACCUUAAUUUGCAUGACCGGGUAAUAUCCCUCCGGUACCUAGCCAUAGUGUGCGUGUGUGUGUGUGUGUGUUUUCAAAUGUAUCCUACCGAUACAGUGGCUUGUCGGUCAGUCGGUCAGUCACGAAACGAGCCCAACGCUGGACGCAAACUAUCGAUUCCCGACAGAGCAACGUAGCUGUGCUGUGGGUCCCUUCCGAACAACAGGUCCGGGAUUCUGAACCUGAAGGCGUCACCGUUUGCGUGUCGCGUGGAUCCUUGUUUUUUUUUUCUUCAUACUUCAAGGCUCCAACGUUUGAUCGGCGAGAUUUAAGGACCGGCCCAGUAGCACGGGACUCGUCCGACUGUGUGGUUGUUGGUGAUUGUAUCAAGGAAUGGUUGACCGAAGGAAGGUCCCGGCCAAAGUAAUUACACAGCAUGGAGAUGACGUUACUUUGGUGGACGAUUUUGCUGGUCCGCUUGCUGGACGUUACUACCGCGGAAAAGCCAACCUUUCGCAUCAUAGCGCCCGAGUUCAUUUGUAAUCCAACCGAAGCGUAUGGAAGUGGUGGCGCCAAUAACGACAGUACAGCCGACCCCAGCUCGACCCGUGGGAAUGCUACACAAUCCACACGCCAAUUAACGAUCGGCUUUCAAACGAACGGUGGCCAACGGUUGCACUACCGUGUGAAAGCCUACUUCACGCUGCUCGGCGACACCGGGUUCAUCAGUCAACGGCACACGGUAGGUUUGUGGCGUGCCGUCCGCCAGCUGGAACAGCGUGUGCGGCGCGAAGCGGAUACGAUCGCCCAGAACGGUCAGAUGACGAUCGGUACGGAGGAGCUGCUGCCGGGUGUCGUGUACUCGUUCGGUGUCGUCGCGAUCGACGCCAACGGUACGGAAAGUGAGGAGCAAAACUUUACCAUGACGUACCGAAACAUUGACCAGGGCGCUUCGUUCGAGCAUGGUGGAACGAGCCGAAGCAGCGACGAUGUUUCGCUGCUGCUGCUCGGUGCUGAGAAAACGUACGCGGAUGUGGAGUACCUGGUGACGGCGCAGCUAAUUUUCUGUCGUCGACGUACGGAUUACUACUACCGGUGGACUGUUGGGCCGUUGGUGAAUGAUAGUGGUGAGCUGGUGGCUGUCGCCCUGGAGCGCUCAAAGCUGCUACGCGUACCGGCGGGAAGUUUUCUCCCCGGGCAUCUGUACGACCUUGAAGUGUCGGUUCACUCGACGGCGUCCACCGAGGAUGAGGUUAUGGCGAUGGCACGCAUGACGGUCAAUGUGUUACGACGCGACCCGGAAGUGGUUCUCUUUCCCGCGGACGCUGUAGUGGGUAUUGAUCAGGAAGUUCAGUUACGAUCGUACGCAACGGCCGGUGAAGUGGUGUGGUCGUGCCAGAAGAACGGUGACGACAGCAACUGUAACGAUACAUUCGAUAUCGGUGAGGGUUCGGCAGUGGUUACCUUUUACAGCGAAGGACAGUACCACGUGAAAGCCUCCAUCGGCAGCGACUCGCAGGAGGAAACUGAAUCUCGCGCGUCGUUGACCGUCCACCCGAAGGUAACGCCAACCGUACGGAUCCUGCAGUGGUCCAAAUAUCCGGCCGUUGCCCGAGAACCAUUCGAACUGCUCGUAAGCGUUGCCGGGCUCGUACCGAACUGCUACUCAAACUGGACGAUUGUGCAAGACGACGGGUUUGCGUACUUCGAUCCUGCCCUGCUGCCGAAUGGCGCCACCCUGGGCGGGCUGUUCAUACGAGACAUCGAGGAAAACUUUCUCUCCGAGCUUGUCGACUACGGGAACGAUACGGUCGUGAAGGAUAUCUUACUUUCCAUCCCGGGAGAAACCACCGUCACUGGACCAUGGAAAGGGCUCGACCCGGACGUGCGUUACAAGCUGCGGCUGGAAACGGUGUGCCCGGAACCGAUCGAUGAUAGCAAACUGGUGGGAGCGCGGACUCAGCGAAACCAGGUACAAAGUUACUGGACGUUCGUGCUGGAGACGAAUGGUGCUCCACAAGCGUUACCGAUCGUCAUAUCCCCGGGGAACAGCGGAACGGCCCUGGAGACGGUGUUCAAGAUAUCGACCGGCAUUGCGAAGGAUACGGAGCGAGACUAUCCGCUAAGGUACAGCUUCUGGUACAUUGCGGAUGGGGUGGACAUCCAUAUUGCCAGCAACUACGAGAUAACAUCCACCGAGACCGUUCUGCCGUACACAAAAACUGGACAGAUCGGAACGUAUGCGAUCGUUUGUGAUUCGCGCCACGCAUGUACGAAGAUCGCUGGUCCUCCCGUGCUCAUCUCACCCGGCAUCGAACCAUCGGCUGAAGCGGUUUCGUACGCGUUCCAAACGAUGGAAGCAUACUUCGAUCGGCUCAACUAUCGCGAUGCACUCAAGUGUGGUUUCGAGCUGCUCGUAACACUGCGCAAUCGACACUCACCCCAGUACGGCACAGCAUACCGACGAUUCAUCGAUCUUCUGCAGCAGUCCAUCACGCACAUCCGCAAGGUGUACGGUGAAACAACGUACCUGUCUGAAGCAUCCAUACAGGAGUUUGUCCAGCAAACGAAACCCAUCCUCGACCUGGAGGAAUCGAACAAUCACGAACUGUUCCAGCAGCUGCUAGAACUAAUGGAUUCGCCCUCAUCCCGCGGUCAAAGCACACCGCGAACCAAACGUUCGCCACAGGCGGUCUCCGCACACACGCCCGAAAGUGCCGCCAAAAUCGGCACCAAGCUAUCGCUGAUGGAAAGCUUAACCGUGUCGAGGAAUGUGUCAGCCGCCCGGCAGGCACGCACCAGCCUGCUCAGCUUCGUACAUCAGGCCACCAAAAACUAUUGCACGCUCGACUCGCGCCACAUUUAUGUGGGACAGCUGAUCACGCUCGAGAUGACCCGGUACCGGAGCCUUUCGGAAGUAAGCUUUGGCCGGGUGUCGGUGCCGAACAAAGUGUUGCUCAGUGCGGCGCCCGCUCGGUUACAGUUUUUGGACGCGUUUCCCGAAACGGAGUACUACUGUCUGGGUCGUGUGUACUAUGCGCGCGACCUGUUCAGCGAGCAGGUGUCACCGCACGAGCUGGAUUUGGGUUUCUACGAAGCGUUUGUGCUGUCGGUUGAGAAGGGUGGCAUGUGGACGCUGGUGGACUGGAGAAGUGACUACUUUGUGUGGUCGCUGGACGGAAGACGGUUGCCGAAUGUCACGUGUCAACUUUGGGAGAAUAGCGCAUGGAGCAGCAAACAUUGCAACACGGUGGAAACGGUCACAGAUGAGGUGCGAUGCAACUGCACUAAGCUAGCGUACUUGAGAAUUUCAAACGAGACAGAGACGAGUGUAGCUGCUCCUACAGAAUCAACUACUACGAUGGCUUUACCUAGCGUGACGGAACCAACCUCAGACUCUAGCGACACUCCUGAACACGGAAGCUCCACCGAUGCAGGUACCGUAGCGUCCGAACAACCGACAACAACUUCGUGGCCAACCAGUGUUAGCCUACCCGGCAACACGUCCGAUACUGUCACCGCUACCGAAAGUGAUAUGCUGACGCUUGGUUCGAUACCGGACAACGCGACCGAACCUACCGAAAGCUUUCCCGUUGUUGCAUCGCCAGCCAACACGUCCAACGCCGAUAAUGGACCCAGUGCACUGCUGCAGGGUGGCAGUCAGAACGAAACCGGAACCAGCCCAUUGCGCAACCAAUCGUUAGAAGUUUCCUCGAUCGGAUACACGAUCGCCGGUGCACUGGCGAUCGCAUCACUGUCCACGGCGGUGCUGAUUGUGGUGUACCGGCGGCGGAAGGCUGUGCUACGGUUGGCCGACGAGCUGCACACCGUACCGUCCAGAGCUCGCACCCAACCCUCACCGCACGUACGGUACGCUCGGUUUCAGGACGAACACAACAUGACCGGCGAUAAUGUGUCCACCAUCUCGGACGUACUGACCAUCUAGCGGGCGGUCACCAAAUGGGACGCCGGAUCAUCCACCGGAUAUUCUAUUUUUGAGGAUUUUGUAGGCAUAAUUGAUCUCGCCGUACUGUUGCCAUCUUUGUGAUCUUAGUCUAGGUUAAUGUACACACACACACACACACCCACUCUCCAAAUUUAGAUGUGAGCAACAGUGUGAACAGCGUGCAUUGGUAGUAAUGACAUAUUUAGUCAGUUUGGUAACAACACAAAAACAGAAACAUUUGUCAGCGUUUCUGGAAGCAAUAAACGCUUGGAAAAUAAAAACGCGACACUUGGUACAAUGUAA